AUGUUCUUGUGUGGCCAAUGUCAACAUCAAGAAACGGUGAACGUAAGAGGGCAACUAAAUAUCGUUGACCACGUACAGCAAAUCGAACAAGAAAAUACCGAACCAGAUAACUUUUUUGAAAAUCUGACAUCUCUACGAAUAGCCAGAGAGUACUUGCAGAGAAAAAUUGCGGAAGAAAGGCGACAGCAGGAGGAAUUCAAGGGAGCCUUUGAAGAUGGAAAUAGUCCAGAACCAGCGUAG